AUGAUCCCACCAACCUCUCAAAAUCAACCACAGGAGAGGUGUCCUUAUGAGGAAAUUAUUUCAACAACCACUGUUCAAGCUGCAUCCAAUGAGGGUUUUGAUUACAGCAAAUUAAUUGUCCAAUUCGGUUCGGAACCUCUACAACAAGAUGUGGUUGAUCGCUUUGAAAAAUUAACCGGAACGAAGGCUCACCAUUUCCUUAAACGAGGAAUUUUCUUCAGUCAUCGAGAUUUGAACAAAUUAUUGGAUCACUUUGAACAAGGAAAACCGUUUUACCUCUAUACAGGAAGAGGACCAUCCAGCGACUCGAUGCAUUUAGGACACAUGGUACCAUUCAUGUUUACCAAGUAUUUGCAAGAGGCUUUUAAGGUUCCUCUUGUGAUUCAAAUAACCGAAGAUGAGAAGAUUUUAAUGCAAGAGUUGGAUUUUCAACAAGUUCGAAACAUGAUGAUUGAAAAAUGUGAAAGAUAUUAUUGCUUGUGGAUUUGA